AUGAACUCGGAUAGUACAGACGGCUUCCACACUGGCACUGGCGAAGCAGGACCCAGCUCCGGUCAUGUCCAAUGUGAGAUCUGCAAUAACACCUUCCGGCGGCCAGAGCAUCUCAAGCGCCAUGUGCGCAGCCAUACAAAGGAGAAGCCCUUCAGAUGUAAUCACUGCGGCCGUUAUUUCUCAAGGACUGAUACCCUCCAUCGCCAUGAGUUGAGCCACCAUAGCUCGGAUACAGAUGGGCGAGAUCGUCCCCACCGCAUCACAGUGAAGACUUUCCGUGCUUGUUUUGGCUGUGCCACUGCUCGGCCGAAGUCCAGAGAUACUCAAACUGUUCCAGCAAUAUUCACAGGGAACACCACCGAGCAAAGCCCUUCACCUCCGAGCCGUCACCUAUCACAGCGCGAGUCACGGCCCGGUGAUGUGAAUAGUAUGCCGGGCAUACCACACGUUCAAGUAGAAUCUUUGCAGACUAUUCAGUUCCAGAUUGAGGAAAUUCAGGAACCGGCCUCGAAAGAUCGCUGCACAAAUACACCCUCUGACUUCGAAGUCUAUGGCCCCACGGCAAUGGUCAAUUCCGAAUUUGUCAUUCCGGAGCCCAGCGUUCAACAACUUGACUGGGCAAAUAGGGCAUGUCAAUCAGCCGUAACUUGCAGUGACAUGCCCUAUGACUUUCUAUUCAAUGAUCUGGAAGAGUCACAGCUUGAAGCGGAGGGGUCCUGGUUGGGAACAACAGACCCAGGGCCAGUCUUCCAGAUGAAUAUGAUAGACAACCCCGAGAUGACGCUGAACGUCAAUGCGUGCUCUUUUGAUGAGCUGGUAUUGUCGAGUAUCAACUGGACGUCUGAUGAAUGUAAGCAGACUCCGAAAGAAGUUGAUUACAUCCCUUCCUCGCUCUAUCCUCAACCUGGCUUUGGCUUUACUGGCCCUUAG